CUUAUUGGUCAUUGUUCGGAUAUCCGCCAUAUUCAAAGAAUUUCAAACAUCUGUCUACUGUUCUUAUUAUUUUUAAAUACAUAGUUAGCUAUUAUUCUCACCUUCAACAUUGAUUUCUGGUUCUGCAUUUCAAAUGGAGGAAAACAAUGAAGGACAGGUACAAAGUUCGAUACCAGAGAAACAGAAUGACAGACCGAAGAGAAAGGCAAACAAGAAGAGGAAGUUAUCCGUCGAUGAUGAGACGUCCGGCGAGAGCAAUAACAAUACCAAAUCAAGGCCUGGACUGAGAAGAGGGAGCUCCUUCACCUUCCUCACCCCUGGACCUCAAUGGGACUUCAGUCUGAAGCGGAAGAUCAGAGAGAAGGAUGACUCUGAUGCAGUCAGCCUGUGCAGCUUUGACUUCAAGGAACCCAGCAACAAGCGUGUCCGUCCUCUCGGCAGGGUGAGCUCGCUGGCUAACCUCAUCUCCCCCGUGAGGAAUGGGGCCGUCCGGCGCUUCGGCCAGACCAUCCAGUCCAUGUCCUUCCGGGGCGAUGGCAGUGGUGGCAAGACGCCGGGCGUGCCCCAGAAGCCAUGCAGUAAGGCGGCGGCGCCCACGCCGCCCAAGAGACGCAACAGCACGCUGUGGUCAGAGACCUUAGACGUCCACCAGAAGGGCACCUUCUCCACCAAGGAGAUCAAGAGACAGGAGGCCAUAUUUGAGUUGACUCGCGGAGAACAGGACCUGAUUGAGGACCUCCAGCUCGCACGCAAGGCGUACCACGACCCCAUGCUGAAGCUGAGUAUCAUGUCGGAGGAGGAGCUGAGCCAUAUCUUCGGGGACCUGGAUGCCUACAUCCCCCUCCACGAGGACCUGCUGGCCCAGCUGGCCACAGCCACCGGCCCCGACGGCACCGUGGGACAGAUAGGACAAAUCGUCGUCAGCUGGUUGCCAGGGCUGAAUGCAUACCGAGACUACUGCAGUAACCAGGUGGCGGCCAAGGCCCUGUUGGACCAGAAGAAACAGGACCGGAGGGUGCAGGACUUCCUGCAGCGCUGCCUGGAGUCUCCCUUCAGCAGGAAGCUGGACCUGUGGAGCUUCCUUGACAUCCCCCGCUCCCGCCUGUUCAAAUACCCCCUCCUGCUCAAAGAGAUCCUCAAACACACGGCGCCCGAGCACCCUGACACGCCCCACCUGGAGCUAGCGAUCACCAUCAUCCAGGAUGUGUUGUCUGACAUCAACAUGAAGAAGGGUGAGUCAGAGAGCCAGUACUACAUAGACAAGCUGGAGUAUCUGGACGACAGGCAAAGAGACCCGCGCAUCGACCAGUGCAAGAGUCUGUUGUGUCACGGCGAGCUACGCAACAAGAGCGGAACAAAGCUGCAUGUGUUCCUGUUCACAGAGCUGUUGGUGAUGACCCGGCCUGUGACGCGGAACGAGCACCACUGUUUCCAGGUGUACCGGCAGCCAAUCCCGGUGCAGGACCUGGUGCUGGAGGACCUGCAGGAUGGAGACGUCAAAAUGGGUGGCUCCUUCAGAGGAGCAUUCAGUAACUCAGACAAAGCCAAGAACAUCUUCCGUGUGCGUUUCCAUGACCCGUCUCGGGGCCAGUCCCACACGCUGCAGGUCAACGACGUCUUCCACAAGCAGCAGUGGCUCAACUGCCUGCGCAGCGCCAUCUCCGUCCACCACCCCGCCGACGUCACCACGCCCGCUUCCUCCCCGGCAGCCGACGCCCACUCUAAGCGGCGCUCCUCCAAAAUCUCCUCCAUCAUCCACACGGAGGAGGCCGACGAGAACUGCCCUUUGACGCCCGCAGGUGCAACGUCCGCCUCCAGUUCGCUAUGCGGGGACGAGACCCCCAGUCCCACCUCAUCGUCUCCCUCCUCCCGCUCCUCAUCCUCCUCUUCAUCACCACUAUCCUCCCCGUCGCCCAAACACAAAACCAAAAAGGACAAGCGCUCCCUCAGUGCCUUAGGGAAGAGGAAGGAGACCAUGGUGUAAUUAGACGGGGAGAAAAUGGACUCCUUGGCGAGCGGACAAUAUGUUUGUACAUAAGGAGGGGGGAGCAGAGUGGGGGGGGGGCUGGGUGUUCCCUCCCCGUGGGACUUUUUAUUUAUGUGUCUGUGUGUUUUAUUAUUACAACAGUAUUUUGUGUUACUGUCCCCAUUGGCAGCUAUUUACUUUACUCUUCCAUCCCUCCACUGUUUGGUUUUGUCCACAAAGGGGCUAAGUGCAUACCAUUCAGUAUUCUGGAGAGGCCUGCUUGGCUUUCAGUAAUUAGAGAGAAGUUGUGCAUAUUGUCCUGUUUACUGUUUGAUUUAAAAAAAAAAAAGUUUUACUCCCUUUUUUUUCAAUCUUAAUUUACUUGUAGCUCUGAUUAAAACAGAACUGUUUAUGGCGCAGUGCUUAAGGGCGCUGUACUGCAGCCGGGAGGUCCGUGGGGCGACGCACAAUUGGCCUAGCAUCGUCCGUCCGGGUUAGGGAGGGCUUGGCCGGUAGGGAUGUCCUUGUCUCAUCGCGCACCAGCGACUCCUGUGGCAGGCCGGGCGCUGUGCGCGCUAACCAAGGUUGCCAGGUGCACGGUGUUUCCUCCGACACAUUGGUGCGGCUGGCUUCCGGGUUGGAUGCGCGCUGUGUUAAGAAGCAGUGCGGCUUGAUUGGGUUGUGUAUCGGAGGACGCAUGACUUUCAACCUUCGUCUCUCCCGAGCCCGUAUGGGAGUUGUAGCAAUGAGACAAGAUGGUAGCUACUAAAAACAAUUGGAUACCACAAAAUUGGGGAGAAAAGGGGGUCAAAACAAACACAUUUCUUUAAACAGCACUGUUUCUAGCUUUUAGCUGAAGUUAUUGAACACUUUGGGGAUGUGAGGUGGAUAGAAGGGAAGAGUUCCCACAAUAGAUGAGAUAUUUGUAAGUCGCUCUGGAUAAGAGCGUCUGGCUAAAUGACGUAAAUGUAAAUACGAAACUGAAAACUAAACCAUUUGAUAAGUCUGAUACGUAGGUGUACUGGAGGACGGGUCUUAUUUUUGUACAUUCCUAAUAACAGAUAUUUUUUUAUAUUCUGGACACCUUUUUGCAUCUACUGCAGUUGAUGGCAUUCAUUUUAAUCAAAUUGCAUUUUGAUGGGGGAAAAAAACAUAUCAAAUGAGAUUUUGUUUUACUACAAUUGUAAAAACAAUUUAAACUGAGCCAUGUUGGUUUAAAAAGCUGACUCUUCUGAAUGAAAAUCUAUCACUCAAUGUAGCAAUCUUGCAUGGAGCUUUAGUUUUUGUCACGGCCACUACCCAGCCACGGUAGUGGCAGGAGCAUGUACAUACUUGUCUGAUGGGUUGGGACCUACUGAGGAGAUGACGUAUAGCUGAAAGAAACCACAAAGAUGGGUUGAGAAAAGCAAAAGAGUAUGUUAGAAGAAGAUUUAAGAGAUGUGGGGAAAAAAAGAUGGAAAUGUUGAACGUGUUUGAACUGAGAAGUUGGGGUUUUUGUUUUCAAGGUGUGUGUAGCCACUAGCCACGCAAUGAUGGAGCUCCGAGUGAGUUGGGAUGUGGUGCCUUGUCCAAAAUGGAGGUUAGAGGCACUGGUCAAAAAGCCAGUGAGAAAAAUGUAAAGAAAGACUAUGUAUGUUUGAGGGUGAAAACAGAUGAAGGUGUUGUGAAAGUGUUUUGUAGAAGGAAAAUGAAUGUAGAGGGUUUGACUGUUUGAAAAGGGGAUGGUAAAGAACUGUACUGAAAAGUGAAGAGCUAGUAAAUGGCUGUGAUAUGAUUGCCAUGGCCUGUAUGUAUGUGGUGUAAAAGCAUCACAAAAAUCUAUAAUAAAGAUCUGUGUAAGAGUUC